AUGCUAUCAAUCGUUGUGUCCGCUCUUCUCCUGAGCGGCUUUGUGCUCGCUCAGGCCCAGGCACCAGACAAUGGCCUCCAACCAGCCGAUCCGCCCAAUGUGCCUUUCGGAACUCGAUAUGUUGUUGAGUUCUCGGAAACCGGCUCGGCGAAGUUCCGGGCUCGUGACGGUUCCAUGGAUACCGAAGGCUUCUACCAGAGCGUCGCUCAGGAAACCAAUGUCACUGCCAAGCCGGCGCUGAACUUCACAUCUAGCAUCUUCCACGGCGCGUCGUUCGAUCUCGCCAACGAGACUGCUGCGACAGACCUAGAGGAGAUCAAGGCGCUUCCUGGGGUAGUCAACUUAUGGCCUGUUGCAACCGUCUAUGCCAGUCCCCAGAUCGAGUCCACAGGAGUGGCGAACUUCAGCCAGUGGAGCCCGCACGUCCUGACCCGUGUUAACGAGGCCCAUUCUCUGGGCUACGACGGGAAGGGUGUCGUCAUAGCCAUUGUCGACAGCGGUAUCGACUAUCUCCAUCCCUCUCUGGGUGGCGGCUUUGGUGAGGGUUUCAAGGUUGAGUCCGGGUGGGAUUUUGUUGGGGAUAACUACAGCACCAGCUCGCCGGAUGUCCUCUUCCCAGAUGAUGAUCCGAUUGACUGUCUUGGUCACGGAACCCACGUCGCCGGCAUUGCCGCCAGUUCAAAUGACAAGCUACCUGGUGUGGCCCCCAACGCCAAGUUGAGAGCCUACAAGGUCUUCGGGUGCUCGGAUGGCACGACCGAAGACAUCAUCGCUUUGGCUUUUAUUCGGGCUUUUGAGGACGGCGCUGAUAUUAUCACUGCAUCCCUCGGUUCCAGCCAAGGGUUUCCUGAAGUCCUCUCUGCCCAAAUUGUCACCAGAAUUGCAAGCCAAGGGGUCUUCGCGUCUGUCGCAGCGGGAAACUCAGGCGAAAGUGGGCCAUUCUCGACCAGCAGCCUUGGCAACGGGUACGGCGGUCUGGCGGUCGGCAGCGUCCAGCCGACACAGCAAGUUGCCUACUCUGUCGUAGCUAAGUCGACAAGUGGUGAGUCGAGAACAAUAGUGUAUCUUGAUGCUGCUGGCAACGACUGGAACUUGACUGGCACUUUCCCGGCACAUAUACCUUUGAACGCCCCGGAUGUUUGCUCCCUCGACGUACCUUGGGAAGGUGCCCUGCCGACAGACACCGUUGCCGUGCUGCCUCGUGGUCGCGCAGGGCUUUGUUCUCAAGGCAGCUGGCAGAUUAUGGAUUCGGCGCUCAUAAAUAGGGCAACAUGGGUGUUCUUCAUCAAUUGGGAGAAUACGUCGUAUGAGCGUCCCUCCCGGAUUCUCUACACCGAGGGGCAGGCAACUGGCUUCGCCUCUAUCAACUAUGAUGAUGGCGCCUGGCUGAACAGCCAAACCCUCGCUGGUGAGAAUGUGACGUUUGAAUUUAAAUACGACCCCGCAGCUGCCAUCGGAGUUGACUACUUCACGAACAUGAUCAACGACUUCAGGCAAAAGCCCGAGAUAUCUGCCCCUGUCUCAAGUGGCUCUCCUGUCCUUCACCACAACGGCAGCACAACUCUGCAAGCGCAUGUCGGACAAGCUGGUGCUGGACUUGUUGAUGCUUUGAAAGUUGUGUCAUACAACUCUUCGAUUUCACCUGCCACCAUCAACCUCAAUGACACAGACCACUUCACCGGUCAACACACCAUCACCAUCAGCAAUAACGGUCCUGGACCGGUCACCUACUCCAUUGGCCACGAAUCCGGCCCUGCCAGUAUGACCAUGAAUCCCGUCAACUGGGUGGGGCAAGAUCCCAUUCUCAAGACGGAAUUUGGGCAGGCUACUGCGAACCUUUCCGUGUCGGAGGUCACAGUUCCUGCCGGGGGCAAAGCUAGUUUUGAUGUUGUCUUUACAGCCCCUACCGACAUCGAUGCCUCGUUAAUGCCCCUUUACGGCGGGUUCGUUCACAUUGUAGGCGACAAUGGUGAAGCUCUGAAAGCGACUUAUCUCGGUGUGUAUGGGUCACUCUAUAAUGCAAAGACAUGGGAACUCGAGCGCGGCGUGCCUGUGUAUUUCGGUGCUGGUGGUUACGGCGACUCUUUUGAAGAUGGUCGUGUCUUUGACUUGAACAAAGGGACUCCUGAGGUGUAUUACAACCUUCUGUGGGCUACUCGUGAGCAUAGCUUCGAUCUCGUCUCCGUGGACUGGAAGGAGUCCGACUGGGUCUACCCUCAGGUUGCUGGAAAGAACAACUGGUUCGGCUCGCUCCAGUUCUAUGAUGAGUUGAACGAGAUCUACUUUCCAUACCCCUUCAAGUACUUCCCUCGGAGCUUAACCCCCUUCCAAGGCUCCGUCAGUACAAACUAUAGUGAUGGGACCCCGAUCCUGAAUGGUGAAUAUCGCAUCCUUGGCAGAGCGCUCAAGACCUUUGGCGAACCCGAAAAUCCUCAGGAUUGGCAAUUCGGGCUCUCUCAUUGGCUCGUUGUCAACAACAACAACAACACCACCACCACCAACGGAACCAUUUCUGCGCUUAUGCGCUGA